CCUGAACGUGCAGUUCUAGUGUUUUACAUAUUCCACCCUCUGGAAAUUCUAAUCAGAACCAGAACUGGUCCCGAGCUGUCGAGUUCUUCUCCUGCCUACGUUUCCCAUCAUGCACCUGCCCAGUCUAACCUGGCUGUCUCUUGGUUCCCAUAGCAAUGAAGAGGGGCCGGGUGCUGCCGGUCCUAGUGGGCGGAGUCUUCUGCCUGGCUGUGAUGUCACUGUACCGCAUGCUGGAGCUGAUGCAGGGGGCGGAGCCUGACCGUGGUGGGGGCUCACCUGUCGGCCAGGUGGAGGAAGAUUUGUCCCGCCUCCAGCUGAAAAUCGACAGAUUGGAGCGCCUCCUGGUGGACAACAACCGGCUGGUCGCUCGGCUGCGGGACUCUCUGCUGGUUAGAGAGUCACCUGAGCGAAGGGGCGGGGCCAACGUCAGCUCAAACUCCGCCCACAACCAAGCAGCUGCGCCUCCGGGCUGCUGGAAGGCCGAAGAGAUGAAGGAUGGCGCCGAUGGAGUGCAGCUGCUGGACGUCUACGACCUCUUGCCCUUCGACAACCCCGACGGCGGCGCCUGGAAGCAGGGCUUCCAGAUCAGUUACCAUGGAGACGAAUGGGCGGAGCAGCCGCUGGAGCUCUUCCUGGUUCCCCACUCCCACAACGACCCAGGCUGGCUGAAGACUUUCGACGGCUACUACCAGGACCAGACCAGACACAUACUGGACAACAUGCUGGUCAAACUGGGAGAGGACAGCAGGAGGAAGAUGAUCUGGGCUGAGAUCAGCUACUUCUCCCAGUGGUGGAAUGACAUCGACGACCAGAAGAGGGCGCUGGUCAGACGCCUGGUGGGGGCGGGGCAGCUGGAGCUGGUGACAGGCGGCUGGGUCAUGGCGGAUGAAGCGAACUCUCAUUACUUUGCGAUGCUGGAUCAGCUGAUGGAGGGCCACCAGUGGCUGCAGACUCACCUUGGCGUGAAGCCGAGCAGCGGCUGGGCCAUCGAUCCCUUUGGCCACUCCCCUUCCAUGACGUACCUGCUGAAGGGGGCGGGGCUUAGCAACAUGCUGAUCCAGAGGGUCCACUACUCUGUCAAGAAGCACUUCGCCCAGCAACGGACGCUGGAGUUUCUAUGGCGACAGAGCUGGGACUCCUCCUCCCGCAGUGACAUCACAUGUCACAUGAUGCCGUUCUACAGCUACGAUGUCCCACACACCUGUGGCCCGAACCCGGCCGUCUGCUGCCAGUUCGACUUCCACCGCCUGCCAGGGGGGCGGGUCUUCUGUCCCUGGAGGAUCCCGCCACAGCCAAUCACAGAGCAGAACAUCAAGGAGAGAGCUCUGCUCCUAUUGGACCAGUACCGGCAGAAGUCCCGCCUCUUCCGCUCCUCGGUGCUGCUGGUUCCUCUGGGAGACGACUUCCGCUUCGUGGAGUCCGGGGAGUGGGACGCACAGUUCAGCAACUAUCAGAAGCUGUUCGACUACUUCGACCAGCAUCCCGAGCUACACAUCAAGGUGAGGGCUCACCUGGCAG